AUGGGCAUCCUUUCUGUUUCAGAGUGGGCAUCCCGGAAUGUGUCCUUCGGAGGGCCGGGCACUGGAAGCGAGCCCCUCUCUGGCCCCUGGUACAGCACACACAAGACUCAGCUCUUUGGAGUUUUACUUGCUGCUGCUUCAAAUUUUCUGAUUAGUGUCUCUUUGAAUAUACAGAAAUGUGCUCAUCUCCAACUGGCUUGCCAAACAGAGCUGAAGCCCUACUACAUGAGCAAGCUAUGGUGGUGUGGGAUUACCCUCCUGGGACUUGGAGAGGUGGGCAAUUUCACCGCCUACGGAUUUGCCCCCAUUGCCCUUGUCGCUCCACUGGGAUGUGUAUCUGUCAUAGGUAGUGCAUUUAUUUCUGUCUUAUUUCUAAAGAAGACCAUGAGGGCUGCUGAUAUAUUGGGAGGAACAUUGACAGUAACAGGGACGUACUUGUUGGUGACAUUUGCUCCAAACGUACCCCAAGAACUCACAGCAAGACAAGUACAGAAUUACUUAGUGAGCUGGCCUUUUUUGGUAUAUUCAAUCUUAGAAAUUAUAAUAUUCUGCAUUCUCCUCUACUUUUACAAAAGAAAGGCUGUGAAACACAUCGUGAUUUUGUUAAUGAUGGUGGCACUACUGGCAUCACUGACCAUCAUUGCUGUAAAGGCUGUGGCCAGCAUGAUAACACUCUCUGUGAAGGGGAAAAUGCAGCUAACCUACCCUGUUUUCUACAUCAUGAUUGUUUUGAUGGUAACUUCUUGUGUGUUCCAAAUCAAGUUCUUGAAUCAAGCAAUGCACCUGUACGAAGCAACAACUGUUGUGCCCAUUAAUUUUGUGUUCUUCAGCACCAGUGCCAUUGUUUCAGGGGUCAUAUUUUAUCAAGAAUUCCAAAGUGCAGCUUUGCUGAGUGUGUUCAUGUUUCUGUUCGGGUGUCUCCUGUCUUUCCUGGGUGUGUUUUUAAUUGCAAGAAAUAAAAAAGAGGAGCAAUUACAAGUUCGUUUUAUAGACUGUGGACAUAUUCCUGGACAAAAAUUGACAGGCAAAAUACAACCAGAUUCUCACAGUUCAUGCUAUGGCACUUUGAAUAAUGAAGACAAUUCAGUGAAAAGUCAAAGCUGA